AUGAUCAGCAAAGUGAAAAGCGCCAUGUCCUCGCUGGUGGGAGGGAUGAUGCCCCACGGCCACCAUCACCACCACCACCAUCCCAAUCAUCACGGCGGAGGCGGCGGCGGCUCGCAGCCGGGAGGAGCCGACGGCCUGCCGCCGCGCUUCCCCUACGGCCGCCCGGACUUCCUGGAGCUCACCCCGGAGCUUCUGCAGUACUCCACCGAGCACGCCUCGCGGCCGGUGCUCACGCUCAAACGGGGAAGCAGACUCCCCUGGCACACUGGAUAUGCCGAGGUGAUUAACGCCGGCAAGAGCAUGCUGAACGAGGACCAGGCCUCCUGCGAGAAGCUGUUUGUGAGGAAGCCCAGCGGGAAACAGCGCAACUCAACUCUGCAGGAGGACAACGGGGACAGCACGGGUAUCCCCCUUUAUUUCUGGGGCAUCUUUGAUGGCCAUGCUGGUUCAGGCGCAGCCAUCGUGGCCUCCAAGCUGCUCCAUCGCCUCAUCCGGGACCGACUGGGUGAGAUCUUCCACUUGCUGACCAACAACAGCGGGGCGCCAUUGCCAAUUUGCUUGGCCAAGAAUGGCAGCCCGUACCAGCCCGAGGUCAAGAAAGGAUCGGCGCAGGAAACUGAGGAACCUGAUGCCGUCAGCGAUUCGGCCGUGCGCUAUCACAUGGAGAAGGUGGUCAGUCUGGAGAGUCUUGUGAUGGGUGUCAUUGAGACAGCGUUCAAGCAGAUGGAUGACCUGAUCGAAAAGGAGAAAGCGUCGUACGCCAUCUCUGGUGGCUGUUGUGCCUUAGCUGCCAUCCAUCUAAUGGGGAAAAUCUAUGUGGCAAAUGCUGGAGAUAGCAGAGCUAUAAUAAUCCGGAAUAAGGAAAUUGUUCCCAUGACCAACGAGUUUACACCAGAGUCAGAGAGACAACGACUACAAUAUCUGGGCUACCUGAGGCCAGAGCUCCUCGGAAAUGAGUUCACUCACAUUGAGUUCCCGCGCAGGAUUCAGCACAGCGAGCUGGGCAAGAAGAUGCUAUACAGAGACCACACCAUGAGUGGCUGGGCUUACAAGACAAUCGUUGAAGACGAUCUAAAAUUUCCGCUCAUAUAUGGAGAAGGUAAAAAGGCAAGAGUCAUGGCGACUAUUGGAGUGACCCGCGGUUUGGGGGAUCAUGAUCUGAAGGUGUACAGCUCCAACAUUUACAUCAAACCAUUCCUCUCGUGCGUCCCCGAGGUGCAGGUCUAUGACUUUGACGACCACAAACACGGUCCAGACGACGUCCUCAUCAUGGGCUCAGACGGGCUGUGGGAUGUAACUACAGACAAGGAUGUGGCGGACGCUGUCACUUCCUAUCUGGAAUGUUGCGACCCCUCGGACCCCAUGAGGUACACUUUAGCUGCACAAGACCUGCUGAUGCGCUCCCGAGGAGUUCUGAAAGAGCGCGGCUGGCGGCUCCCCAACGAAAGGCUGGGCUCGGGCGACGACAUCACUGUGUUCGUCGUCCCACUGGCAGGACAUGAGGCAGAGACAUGA